AUGUCCAUCGUCAGCCCGGAUACCCUACGAGACGGCUCCGACCGACCCCGUCGGGCCUGCUCCUAUGCCGCCCGGCACCCCCCGCCCCGGCGACGGCAUCCUGCCGGGACCGCCUCCCCCGCCGUCCGGGCGGGACGAUCCGGGCAUCGCUCGAUCCGUCUCAUCGCGGGGCAUCCGACCGUGCCCGUCACCGGUGCCAGUGCCCCCGGGGUGACUGCAAAACCGGCGUGUACCUGUCAGGAUCGGCUCCGCGGACCAGUUCUGCCGGGGGCACUGCUCCCCACCAACACGGCACCACUUCACCAGCGGCCAAAUCCAGGCCGUCUGCAUCGCCCCGUGGACCCCUCCCUGGUCUGGUCCCUGCGCGACCACCAGCUCGGAAUGUGGUACCAGCCGGAGUGUGGAAUCCCACCGCGCGGGUGCCCUACUGCGGCAGUGAUAUAUAUCUCCGCAUCCCACCUCAGUGGGGCCCGCAUGCCGGCCGUCCCCACGCCUGAAGCAGCCCAAAUGGAUGAUUUCGCCCAGUGA